AAGCAAAAGAGGCCCAUGUCCCCAUAACCGUUAUCACAUUGGGUGUUAGAUUCCAACGCGAAUUUCGGGAGGACAUAUGCAUUCCAACCUUACUAAGUUACCUUUUAUUUGUUGAACUCUUUAUUUAAUGGAGUAUUAAGCCUUUGACUAUAAUUAAAAAUGUUAUCUCAAAAAAUAAUAAGCAAAAUAUUAAUUUAAAAGAGGAAAAGAACAUAGCACUGACACAACUUUAGUUUCAAGGCAAAGCACAAUCUUAAUGAAGAUCUCAUCUGAUCACUGCCACAAGAGAAUGAAGUAAGCACAGUGGGAUAGGGAUUAUGUGCCCAGUGAGGAAAUUGUGGUUUGGAAUGUUGAAAUGACCCUGCAGGGCUCCCUGGGCUGACAAGUAUUUGAAGCAGUGGCCAAAUGUUUGCUUUCUGUUUCCAGAACCAGUGUUCUUUCUUUGGCAAAUGUUGAGACAUGCCAUUUACCCUUUCACCUGCUCCUGACCUGGCUUUCCAAAGUCUAAAGUUUUCUCCAUGUCCUAUCCCAUUCCCUAACCAAUAUUCUCCUUCAUCACCCAAAAGUCACUCAGUGGCCACAGACAAUAUCAUUGAAUGGAAAGGAAAAGGGAAGCUUGCAAGAGGGACCAUGUGGAUAAAAUUCCAUCACAGGGUAGCUCAUGGCUUUCAUCCCUGACGAAGCUCUUUACAGAACUCACCAGACAGCAUGAUCAAGCGUCACUCUGAAGAUUCCAGUUCCCCAGAUGUGAGAACCAGGGCACAGAAACAUUAAGGGCACAUCCAGUGACCUGUUUCCUAAAGGUGGAUCUCAAACUUGUGCCUCAGCUUCCUCCUCCCUAGUGGGCAGAGCACUGGCUUCACAGCCAGGAGGCCUUGGUACCAGUCCUUCCCCUAGCUAGCUGUAUGCCUCCGGCCAAGUCAUCCAUGCCCUGGGCCUCAUUUCCUUUGACUGUCAGCAGAAGGUGCUGAACUCAUGUCUUCAAGGACAUCUUCUAAGGUGGCUGCUGAGGACCUGUCCACAGCUGGUCUUCGAAGAUCAGUGAGAGGUUCCCUGGUUUCCUCCAGCAGGAGAGAUCAGAAGGCAUCAACUUGGGUAUUAUAUUUCUAGAACAAUGGUUGUCCAGAUUCUUUAUGCUGUCACCCAAAUACGAUUUGAGAAGCAAGUCAACAGAUAAGGGACGAUAUUUAUUUUUGCUCACGAAGUCAACAAAUCCUUCUUUUGGGUUCAAUCAAACAACCAGGGGGUCUGUUGUAAGCCACGGCAUCAUUGCAUGCCUGAACACUCCCUCUCACCCUGCCACGGCUCAAAUCCUGGGACAAUGCUUCUGAAAGCGAAUCAGGAAACUGCUUAUCAAUCUGAAGUCCCAAAGAGUUAUGAGCACUCCUCGCUGCCAAUGGGAAGGGGAUUACAAGCAAAAGCUCCACAUCUGCACGCCCUAGAGUUCAAACGCUCCAGCUGUGGCAAGGUCUUGCAAGCGACAGCCAAAGAUGUUUGUCUUGCUCUAUGUUACAAGUUUCGCCCUUUGUGCAAGUGGACAACCUCGAGGACAUCAGUUCAAAGGAGAGAGCUACACCCCGAGAUACAUCUGCAGCAUUCCGGGCUUACCGGGACCUCCGGGCCCCCCAGGAGCAAACGGUUCUCCUGGGCACCACGGCCGCAUCGGCCUUCCAGGCAGAGAUGGUCGAGACGGCAGGAAAGGAGAAAAGGGGGAAAAGGGAUCUGCAGGUUUGAGAGGUAAGACUGGACCACUGGGUCUUGCUGGUGAGAAAGGAGACCAAGGAGAGACUGGGAAGAAAGGACCCAUGGGACCAGAGGGAGAGAAGGGAGAAGUGGGUCCAGCGGGGCCUCCUGGACCAAAGGGAGACCGAGGAGACCAAGGGGACCCAGGGCUGCCUGGAGUUUGCAGAUGUGGAAGCAUCGUGCUCAAAUCUGCCUUUUCUGUUGGCAUCACGACCAGCUACCCAGAAGAAAGGCUACCUAUUAUAUUUAACAAGGUCCUCUUCAAUGAGGGGGAGCACUACAAUCCUGCAACAGGGAAGUUCAUCUGUGCUUUCCCAGGGAUCUAUUACUUUUCUUAUGAUAUCACAUUGGCGAACAAGCACCUGGCAAUUGGACUGGUACACAAUGGACAGUACCGGAUAAGGACCUUCGAUGCCAACACAGGGAACCAUGAUGUGGCUUCAGGAUCCACGGUCAUCUAUCUGCAGCCAGAAGAUGAAGUCUGGCUGGAGAUCUUCUUCACUGACCAGAACGGCCUCUUCUCAGACCCAGGCUGGGCAGACAGCUUAUUCUCCGGAUUUCUCCUGUAUGUUGACACAGAUUACCUGGAUUCCAUUUCAGAAGAUGAUGAACUGUGAUCAGGACACGGAUCUGAAUGUUCCAAGCUCACUCUAGCACAUCCUUUCAUUUAAUCUGCGAUUCUAGAAUGCAGAGAAACCAGGAAUGGGAUCAAACAGACUCCCACUCAGAUUCCAGAGCAUUUACAGACAGUUCUAGAAGAAUCUAUUAAAACAAGAUAAACCACCGAACAGCUGAAACCAGUCAAAAAUGAACUAUGUAAAACAACCCCAGAUAUGAAUUAUCUUGAAAGUGAUGUUCAAAAAUAUUUAAACAGAUGAAAGGCAAUUUUAACAAAUUUUAUUAAAUGACCUGAGUGAUAAAAUCAAUUGUCAAGAUAUUGCCUUAUUAAAUGUUCAUAAAAUUACAUUUUUGUCUGUUAUUUCAGAGUCAUAUCAUCCCAAGCAAAAUCUUUGAUAAUUCUCAAAGUCUACAGUAAGUCAAAAACCAAAGGUAAGAGAUGCUGAAUAUUUUCAAGCAAGCUAAAGUGAAGUAAUAAGUUUCUUUUGUUUUAUUAUUCAUUUCUUCAUGUUUUGUACAAAUUCACACAAGGCUUUACUGAGUCUUUAUGGACCAGAUGUUAUGGAACCGAAUCAGAUUUAAUUAUGACUUAAGACAAAAUCCUACCUUCAUACUGGCUAGUGUAUGGUGAGCAUGGUCUCACAUGUCAGUGUCAUGAGCACCAAGCAGAAAGAGUGAAUCCAGGCUACAGGCACAUAAUAGCACUUGCUUUUCUUGGGCUAGGACCCAGAGAAGAGUUUGCACAUGGAAAAACAUUGGAUGGCUAAAGUGUGUGUGUUUAAGUGUAGGGUGAUGAUUGCAAAGACAAGAGGAACUUAGCAUCUACAUUCCCCCCAUCCUACCCUCAACCCAUCAUUAGUAUUUUCUGUUCUUUUUUUUUUCAGUUAAGUUUCAGCACUUAAGAAGAAUUGUGUAUUGAUUACAGUAUUCAACCAAAAGUAUUAAGUAGAACAAACAAAAAAAAUACUAAGAGGGAUAACAUAUUAAGCUGCUCAUCAACAGUCAGGGUGAGGGCUGAUCAAGUCACUGUUUCUCAUAAUAUUCAUUUCACUUUAACAGGUUUCCUUUUUGGUGCUCAGUUAGUUGUCACCUAUCAAGGAGAACAAGUGGUAUUUGUCUCUUUGGGAUUGGCUUAUUACACUCAACAUAAUGUUUUCCAAAUUCCUAACAGGGAUCACUUUUCAGUUAAAAUUUAAACACCUAAGAAUAAUUGUGUGUUAAUUACAGAGUUCAACCAAUGGUACUAGAACAAAAAAAAUACUAAAAUGGAUAAAGUAUUACAUUGUACAUCAACCGCCAGGACAAGGGCUGAUCAAGUCACUGUUUCUCAUAGUGUCCAUUUCACUUCAACAAGUUUCCCCUUUGGUGCUCAGUUAGUUGUCGCCAAUCAGGGAGAACAUAUGAUAUUUGUCCCUUUGGGACUGGCUUAAUUCACUCAGCAUGAUGUUUUCCAAAUUCCUCCAUCUUGUUGCAAAUGACUGGGUUUCGUUCUUUUUGACUGCUGUAUAGUAUUCUAUAGAGUACAUGUCCCAUAAUUUCUUUAUCCAGUCUACUGUUGAUGGGCAUUUGGGUUGAUUCCAGGUCUUAGCUAUUAUGAAUUGAGCUGCAAUAAACAUUAAUGUGCAGACUGC